AUGAUGCACUCGGGACAACCCUCACAUCAUCAUCAUCAUCAAGGACUUCCACAGCAGACCAUUCCAACGACACAGCAAACACAUCCUCCUCUUCAAAAUAUUCCUCCCAUGUCGUAUCCACAAAUGAUCGAAUUGUAUAAUUAUUUGAGUUCUCAACUUUCAAAUCCGAAUUUAAUGUCUCUUAAUAACGGAAGUAAUCAUCCACAUUUUCUUUCAUCGUCCUCUGCUCAACAUCAUGCUUCCUCCGUACCAUCUCAUUCGUAUGCUCAAACAGGUACUUCUUCAUUAACACCUCAAUCCCUUCCUGAAAAUAUACAUCACUCAUCUAACAGUUUUCAACAUGUUCCCACUAUGCUCACACAUCAUCACUCCCAACCUGUAAUUUCCGACGAUACUAUAGCACUCUCUCAAGAUAUUGAUCAACUCUAUCAAGAAAUGGAACAUCUUGUCAUGUUUAAAAACAAACAAAAAGAAAUUAACAAGGCCAUUGAAACCAUAGUCAAAGAAAAGUACACUCAACAAAAGAAAGAAGAGCAGGAUAAGAAAUUGAAAAAGGAAUUAAUGAGACGAUACAAGAACCCAACGAGAAAACAACAUCAAGCUGCAACAAUCAUUCAAAAUUGGUUUCGAAAAGUGUCUUCACACCAAAAGAACAAACAAAUACAAUCUCUAAGGACAGAAAUUGAUAGUCUCAAGUAUCAACUUCAAAUGUUACGAGUGGAACAACAAACGUGCAUUCAGCUUGUGCGUUUGCUUUUUGAACAAGUUCAAUUUCUCUCUAAAGAGACGCAUUAA